CACAUUUACCAAAAAAAGAACCCAGCGAGUCGCCAUUUCCACCAGCAUCCUCCAAGGGCAGAAAUCCGCCAACCCCCCCAACUUUUCAUUUUUUAGUUCUACGGCCGGAUCCAUCUGCGAUUCCCAGCGGCACCGGUGGAUUUUCUUCAAUUUCAAAAAUAAAAAGAUAACAUUAAAACCAUGGCUCCACGACCUCGCAGCGCCCAAACUCUGGACGACAGACGUUCCCGAGGUACUCGAUCCUACCGCUGCCGAGUCUGUCGGGGAAUCCAUCCGCUACGAAAAUGCAACAGGUCUUCCAGUUCGCGACGCCAGUCAAUUUCUCCAGUGCGACCUUCGGUAACUGCAUCACGACCAUCAGCUUCCGGCUCACGCUCUCGGGGUCCAACACCCAGCUCGCGGAAUCGUUCCCGGCAUUCCGACCAGGCCGAAGCGCCAACUGCAGCUCCAUCUGUGGCGUCUCUGUUGCAGCAUCGGAGUGUGCAAAUCAUCCCGACGGCCAUCGUGGUUCUCGACACAGGAACCAAUAAAUACGAGACGGGUGCCCUGAUCGACCCGUGCUCCCCGGUGAGCACCAUUGAUAGAUCGCUCGCUGCGGCGUUCCGGGUCCCCACGACAAGCGUCGGAGACGAGACGGUCUGUUCGGCGACGAUAAGGUCGCACUCCAAUCCGUGCACUAGCCGACGAUGUUCGCGCUAGGUUUAAUGAUAUCUGUCUUGCUGAUGAACAGUUUCAUCGCCCGGCGACGAUAUCCCUGGUGUUGGGCUCUGACGUCUAUCGUGAUGUCAUCCAACCCGGGUUCCUAAAUCUGGAUGAGGGGCUGCCUGUCGCACAAAGCACUGUGUUCGGCUGGAUUGUCUCGGGAUCCUGUAGACAAUCUUAAGGCGCCAGACGUGUGGAAAACUUGGUUGCUACGUUUGCCGUCGCAAGGGGGGGAGAAUGUCCGAUGAACUCUCAUCUCGCUCUCGGUCUGUUAACAGUCUCCACCCCCGCUCUCCUAGCAUUAGAUUUAAGUAGAGUUAAGGAGUUCUAAGUUCGAAGCCACAAAGUGAAGUUGUGCAAGUUAAGUGAAAUAAGUCAUAUGAAAUAAAAAUCAUAUUUAC